AAGCUCCACUGAAGCUUCACUGUGCACGGCGAAGCUCCAGCUGCUGCCCAUUCACCGAUUCAGUUCACGUGGCGCGACAGAUGAAACGCGUAUCCUCAGCGCGUGUGUUUUUGGCAAUCCUUGCAGCGCGGCGCAAACAACGUAAGAUGCGAUGCUAUGAAAUGUGCGCAAAGCAAUAAAACAAACGACAAUUGAUUGAAAUACAAUUUAUAAAUAACAACUAAACGUGUUUAGCGGCGUGUGAGCGUGGGAGAGUGCCCCUACACUACACGCUCUGUGUGCGUGAAAGUGACAGACUGAUACAAAUAAACCGCAAUUUGCAUGAUAUUUACUGUUUAUUGCUUUGAUUUUGUGAUUUGCGUCGUAUACUCCUUCGCUUCGCCCGCUGCCGGUAAUCAAUAAACAAAGGCAAAAGCCAGUCACCGUCAUAACUGUAAGCCCACUCUACUCGUGUCUACCGAGUGUUUUUAGGAUAAAUGUGCAAAUAAAGUGGAAGUCUAAAAGCCGGCCACACACACACACACGCGCAAAAAGUAAAAGCGCUUUACCCGAGGAGCCUCUUCUCGCAAGCAGCUGUUAUUGUUGCCUAUGAUGGCCGGAACGGGGUCAAAAGUUCGUGUCUUGGCCUGUUAUAUCCCCCGCUAAUUCAACCACACUCGCAUUCAGACACACUAACACACACUCAAAGCAGAACAGAGAAACAGAGUAAGGAAAAAGGAGAGGAGAAGUGUUCCUCAAGUGCAGGCAAAGACAGAGCGUCGCCCCGUCUGGCAGACAAAGAAUUAGACAAGUGCCGGUCCAGGCAACCCACACCCCACACACACACCCCCCGAAAGCCGAGACAAACUAGGCCAAUACGCGAGAAAGCAGCCUAAACCAGGGGAGGAGCUGAAGUGCAAGACCCAAGAGCAGGGGGAGGAGCAGAAGAAGAGCAGCCAAAGACCAGAGCCAGAGCCUAAGACUUUGCAGAACAGAACAUAACAGAACAGAGGAGAAGCAUUCCAAAACUCAACCGGCGAAAGAGCAGAAGAGGAGGAGGAGGAGGAGGCGGAGUACCAGUGUACCCCGCAAAAAACACACUGCAACACACAUACAACUACAAAAUAUAAUAAAGACAAAAGUGAAAAGUUCUCUAGCUCUCUGGCCAUUUGUCAAUGACUGUGACUGUGACUGUGUGUGGAGUGACUUCUCGCGUGACUUCCAUCCGACAUACAAUGCCCGUAUCCGUAUCCGUGUCGUGUCCCGUGUCUGUGUCUGCGGCGGGCAAGCACCACGCGGAAGUGGAAUAACUGCUGAAACAGACUCCCAGGACACGGACUACUCCAAAAGAGGACCACUCGCGCUGCCACAAUUCGUGUAGAAGAGGACGAGGACGACGAGCCUGGCCGUAAAACAGAGGCGGUAAAUAGAAAAAGCAAAACGACAAACGGCAAGCAGCCAUCCAGCCUUUGUCUGCGCUGUCUGGGGCCCUGGCAAUUGGCCAAGUUAAUAGAGAAAGCCAGAGCCACCGCCGGGAGGCCCGAUAAUGACGUUGCUGCAGCUGCAGCCGCUGCUUCUGCCUCCAACCCCAUGAUGAUGAUUCUGCUAACUUGGUUAUUGCUGCCGGCAUAGACACAAAAACACAGACGCAGAAACAGAAAUAGACGCAGACACAGACACAGCGAGCGACAACAAGAACAAAAAGAUAAAGCUGCCACACCCACUUACCAGCCCUCGUCCAGGACCAGGCCAUCGUCCAGGCUUACUGCAUUUCCGCUUCUUGUUCCUGUCGCCGCCAUCAUCCAGGCAUCGUGGCCAUCGCCAUGCCACUCCACAUGGCGCACAGCAUCUGCGUGGCCUGGCUGCUGCUCCUCGUCGUGAUUGUGAUGAGCGAUAUGACAAAUGGCGGCGUGCAGGGCCCCAACGAGGGUUACAACUCGCUGGAAGAGAUGAUGAUGACAACGACAGACAGGGCACAGGCAGCCAUGCUACUGCCCACUGCGCCCACUGUCGCCUACACGCAUCCCAAAUGGAUGGAGCCAUAUUUCGAUCCCUCGACGCCGCGCAAUGUCACCGCCCUCAUGGGCAAGAACGCCUAUCUCAGCUGCCGUGUGCGCAAUUUGGCCAACAAAACGGUAUCGUGGAUACGGCACCGCGAUAUACACAUACUGACUGUCGGCUCGUACACCUACACCUCCGAUCAGCGGUUUCAGGCCACCCAUCACCAGGACACCGACGACUGGACGCUGCAGAUAAAGUGGGCCCAGAAGCGUGAUGCGGGCAUGUACGAGUGCCAGAUAUCGACGCAGCCGGUUCGCAGCUAUUUCGUCCGUCUGAAUGUUGUCGUGCCAACGGCUACCAUUCUGGGAGGACCUGACCUUCACGUUGAUAAAGGCAGCACCAUAAAUCUCACUUGCACUGUAAAGUUCAGCCCCGAACCACCGGCCUACAUCUUCUGGUAUCAUCACGAGGAGGUCAUUAAUUAUGAUUCAUCAAGAGGCGGCGUGUCGGUAAUUACCGAAAAGGGCGAUGUGACAACCUCAUUUCUGCUGAUACAGAAUGCAGAUCUGGCCGAUUCGGGCAAAUACUCGUGUGCCCCCUCGAAUGCAGAUGUGGCCAGUGUGCGUGUCCAUGUCCUAAAUGUUCGGGCCAUAAUUUCAGGUGAACAUCCGGAGGCCAUGCAAACAGGCUCAUCCGGUUGUCAGUACAAUUGGCUGACAAUUGUCCUGCUGCUGGGACUCGUCCUGUGCUACAGUCAACAGUGCACAGCCGCACUGCCAUCUCAGUUGCCAGGGUCAGAAACAGCAGCACCAGCAGCAACAGCAGCACCAGCAAGUGCAGCCAGUGAAAGUGCAACUGGCACUGCCACAUCGAGGAAGCGUUGCCCUGCGGUCGCCAGCUGCCACCAAGCCGCAAGCCACGCCAACACUCUGGCCCUGGCCCAGACCCAGGCCAAACGCCACUGUCACAGAUGAUCGAAUGGAGGCGACAAUGGCGGACAGCAGCAGCAGAAGCAGCAGCAACCACAACUAUCUAGCGUAAUUUAAGGAGACACAUGAAAUGUGUAAGCGUGCGAGUGAGUAUAAGUCCGAGUGAAUGGGCAUUUGAGUGUUUGCUAUUCAGUCAUAAGUGUGUCAGUUUUAAACUAUCAACUCAAAGUACUCAAAGUGGGAGAGUGGUAACUGCAGCACUCAGCAUUUGCUGCACAAUGUGGCACAAUGGCCUAGUAAUUGAAACCUAUAAUCUGAUAGUUCUGAUAGUAAGUGCAAUCUACAUUCCCUAAUACAUAAACAGUCAGAAGAAAGAUCCAAAAUCGUUGACUUCCACCAACUACCUUUCGACCUUCAUUAAAAUCUGUUAAUUAAAAUAUAAUUAGCCAACGGAAUGGGAUUAAUUCCAACCCAUUCCAUUGCCCCUGCCAUUGUAAAGCAUUAAAAGCGUCUAUUUAAAUAUGUGUGUGUAAGCUAAAAGAUUACUGUUUAAUGUGUAUAUUUUAACCAAAACAAAAAAAAAAGGAAUCAAAACUAACCAUAGUGAGAGUGUAAAUAAACAAACUUGAACGUAAUUGCAGCAUAAAUGCAGAAAGGCAAACACAAAGUAUGAUAGGAAUGAGUAAUCUCUUUGGCCAGCGGCGAGGACUCUUUUUAAUAUAUAUCAAUGAAUAAUCAAAUAAUGUGCAGAAGCUCCAUAUUCCAUAAUUAGAUAAAAACGUACAUUGCGUGCCAGGCAGCAGACAGCAGCAGCGCACAGCAUCGAGCCAUAAAACAUUUAAAUUGUUGCCAUAUCAAUAUCAUGCAAAUAUUUGCAUUGCGCAAUUUUCCACCAAACUAAAUGUAAAUUUGAUUUCCCCUUAAAAACCGUUUAUUUAUUUCUUAUUGCCACGGCAUUUUGUGUCAAUAUUCAAUAAUUUAAUGACAUUCUACAGUGAGCUAAAACAAUUUGAUUUUAGUUGAAAAAAAAUGCAGUUAGUCUAAUAGAGAGAGUUGGUCAAUAUUUUCUUCAACAAUGUUGGCAUCCAAAAAGUUAAUUUGAUUUCCGUUAGCUCGUUUUCAACACAACUUUAAUUAUAAUAAUUGUAUGGCUCUAUUAAGCGAACACUCACCGCGUUGACAGGACAAUUCUUUUAGUUGUAAUAUUUCAUAAUUAUAAAAAAAAAACGUAAUUACAUUGAAUGACACAAGUGCCAGCAAGUACAUAAGUGUGCCAUUACGCGUAACAAAAAAUCCGCUGAUUCCCCCUCGAUCAAAUUGCAUAAAUUGAUUCUAUUAAGCAAUGAUACUCGUGAAAUGUGGAAAAAAAAAAUAAACAUAAUUUCGAUUGGUGGUACAAAAAAGUUGCAAUAAAAACCCGAUUGACACACAUAUAAUAUCUCUCAUAAUUGUUAUAAUUAAAAAACAACAGUUUUACUGCCCGAACAAAGGGAUAAAUUAAAUAACAUUUGUUAGCCAAAUCAAGCAAUAACCAAACUCAAACUGGCCCCCAUCAAAACCUAUUGAGAUCGUUUGGCCAAUUAAAAUGUACGCCGCUGAUGUGUUUGCGCCCCAUCCACUUUUUAUAAUGAAACAUAAUUCCAAAUUAUGCAUUGCCAUUGUGUGUUUCUGCGGUCGGAGAAAGACAGAGCAAAUUAUAUUAAUUUCAGUUAAGCUGUAAAAAUAAUUUUAGCCAUAAGCCGAUUUUAUGUGUGUGUGUUAUCGGGCAAAUUGUAUCAUAAAUGUUAAUGUAUCAGGUGCACAGGAUAGAUUUAUCGGAGAAUACAAGUACAGGAAAAGUGAUCAAUAGAAACGGAUCUUCCUGUACAUCUAUCUAUAUGUCUGUCUGUCUGUAUCAAUAACCGAACCUAGUACGAAAUACAUUUGUAAAUACCAAUCCAAAGCCCACUUUCCAAUCCUAUCGCAGGUAUCCUGCCAUCCUGGCAGUUUUGGGGACUGUAAAUCCAUCUGAAACUGCAGCUAACCAAUCAAAAAGAUAGAUAACCAUACACAAAUAGCUACACAGAGAUUUGAGUUAAGUGUGAAUAAAUACAUAUGCCAGCCAAUUUGUAAUUCAGAAAUGGUAAUGCCCAUAAGCCCGCAGGCAUUUGCCGUAAACAGUAGUGCAUACUGCAGUACAUACAUAUAAAUCUAUAUAAUCGCAGGCCGUCAACUAAGUAAUUCCUGUAUAUUAAAGUUAAUUAGUGAGAGCCGAGAACUAUGCAUUAGCCCCCCCAAUGGCAUACCAUACCAUGCAUAGUUGAGUAGUUUUAAUAAAGCAAUCGAACUGUAUAAAACGAUGAUAAAACCCCACUACUUUUAGCUGUUGAAUUAACUACGAGUUGAACUAAUCGGCAGACUAGUCGAAUGGGUGUUUUUGCGAGUGCAGGAAGUCAGGCACGCGGCUGGGUUAUAAAUACGAGUAUGACAUCAUAUAAAAACAUAGCGAAGCAUUACAAUAAUAAACAUAUAGCAAUAAUAACUAAAGAACACAAUUGUUGUUUGUCGCCAGAGUAUUGUAUGGCCUCAAAAAACAACAAACAACAACCAACAGAACAACAGCGAAAUGA